AUGGUGGAAAGUAUAUCUGCAUUUGAUGGGGCGUGGGUGGGGAACGCUCAGCAUAUGAGCAUGUUCUUUGGCUUCUUCCUUUGUUAUCUCAUCGGGAUACUGAUGGAUAAGGGGUAUCCCAUUCCGCCGUAUGCUGAUGAUGCCUUCCUGAUACUUGCCUUGACUGUAGAAUGGAUCCUAUUUGCGUACCACCUCCAUGGCCGAUCUCCUCUCGAUGUUCUAGUUCACACUUUACUUGUAAACGCGAUUCCAGCUGGAAUACUACUGGCAUUCCUGUACGCUUGGAAGAAAUCCCAGAUACUUCCGAUCCUUGCCUUCAUGUAUGCUUGGCUCAUCCAAGGGACCUGGUUCUGGCAAGUUGGAUUCAUCCUGUAUCCUCCUUGGAAGAGCACAUGGAACGUAGAAAGCCACGAACACAUGACCAUCGCUACUGUGAUAUUCAUAGCCCACUUAUUCCUCGAUGCCGUACUCAUCCUGAUUCUCAACGGUUUCAUUGCCACCAGGUCGCGUGGACGAAGACGCCUUGAAAAGGGCUUGGAGGAGGAGAAGAAGUCGCUGUUGUCACAAGGGGAGCCGGAUGAGGCAGUCGUUCGCAAGACAGUGCCAAUCCCUUGAAACACAACAUAACCAGUUUUCAACAUAUAAUGUAUUUACAAUGCAUUUCUAGGCUGCAGAUACUUUCUUUAACCUUAACGAUCUCUUCGAAUCCUGGAGAUGAUGAUAUUGACAUAAUCGUCUAAAAUGGCAUUGACAAUUGUUCAGGAAGUGGCAUUUUUGAAAGUGAGACCUGGGUCCAGAGAACGUCUGGAUCACUCCGAACUCCACUCGAUGAAAGGAAGGAAGUACUCGAUUGAAGAAGUCUAAACUUCUUCAAUCCAUGAUAUAGUUCCAUGUGCAAAAUGCAAAGACGCAAAUGUUGAAGACGCUUAUUAAGUACUAGGACUUAUCUUUAGAAAGCUCAGCUUUGAUUUUUUUUUUGGAGGACUACAUGCAUUCAAAUAUAUUAUAUAUCCAUACUAGCGAGUUUGUUUGUCCUUCGGGCCAACAAACUCGCAAUGGACGCUCCUUCAGCGCUAUAUGACCGAAGAAAUUUAUACCACACAAGAAAUUUAUACCAUUUAUACCACUCGUUUUUGAAGCUUACCCCUAAGGUUGGCGCCAAACC